GUUUGUGCCCAAGUUCAAUAUUCAUUUCUGCUCACGCUGUCGUAGCAAAGCAAAUUAUUUGGCUGUAACGGAUUCUGUAUAUGGAUAUCGUGCCAAUACGGCACUGUUAACACAAAGCCGGAAUAACUGACAAUACGUCCAUCCUCUUGUAAACCGUGUUUAUAUUGUCCGGAUUGUCUAGUCUCGGUUUUAUUGACCCUUCACCCUGUGAACUUUAUGGUUUAACAGAUAAAAGGAUCAUUGCUUUGAAGAUUCUGGACGGGAGGUUUUGCAUUGGGCUCUUGAGACUUUCAGGAUAAACGGAGAAUUUGAUUUAGUCUUGAGUUAAUCUUGUGUGGUGAGUGCACAUCCCACAACACGGAUUUCAAGCUUUCCUUUUUUAGUGGAUAUAAACGUUUACUUCAAGACUAACUAAGGAUACCACUCUCAGGAGGCACGGAGGUGUGUUAAGUUCAGGAUAUAACUCACAUGGAGUUUUCGUGUUGAUAUAUCGAUAGGGCAUGAGAUACCUAAUCGGCCUUUAGUGCAGGAGUGAUUGGAAUAUGGUGGAGGACUAAACGAAAAUAUCACAAAUGAUUACAGGAUGGAACUUGCAAAUUUUCCCUUUUUUCGGUGCGUUGCUGCUGUGGUGUGCCUGUGGCCAGACCCAGGAGAUCCGCGAUUGUCUCCAAGCGAAUGCGACCUGCCACCAGGACUCCAAGUGCUCCUCUCUCCUCAUACACAUGCCACGGCUAUGUGGGGACUCAGGUAGCUUAAAGUGCGCCACACCCCAAACAAUGACGUGUAGGACGGUGCUGAAGACUAUUUUAGCUUACAACUAUUUUCAAACCUGUGUAUGUCCCCAUUCUAUGCCAAAUUAUGAAGAGUGUGAAUUCUUCCGCGACAACAUCUUUCACCAUCCAUGUGGAGAGAUCCACCAAGAGGGCAAGGACACUUUCGUCGUCAAAACAAACGCUAACGAGCGUGAUGACGAAGACGAGGACUAUGACGCCCGGAUGGACUAUGAUGCUGUCCAUGAUAAGAGGUCUGAUGAGAACGGACCUAGCUGCGUAGACCUGCGGAAGGAGUGCCUGGCAGACAGAACGUGCAAUCGUGAUCUCACAAAUUUUAGGAAAUCAUGCAAAGUGAGACGAGGGCGAUGCUACGCUGAGAGCAGCGGGCGUGACAGGAGUGGUCAUGGCGGACUGCAAAGAAGCGGCAUAGGAGAUGCAGGCACGGCGAUGGAGCGAUGUAUCCAGUCCUACGAGGCUCUCCGGCCGUAUGGACUUUUCCGGUGUUCGUGCGUGCAACACAAGGGCCACCAGCGACGGAAAUGCAACGGGUUGAUGAGGCGAUUCAUGAAAAAUGCGUGCCUGGUGGUCGCAAACGAAGCCGCAAUCUAUGGCAAAGAAGCCAAAGUCCUGCCACAGAAGCCCGGGGACAUCCCCGAGGAUGGCACUGUCCCUGACUCGGAUCCCUUCCCUCCACUGGAGGAUGACGACUACGAGGGCGAGCAAGCGGGCUUUGACAAGGAGGAGGAGAAGUUCACACCAUCCCCGCGGCUCAUCCCGCCCUCUAACAUUCCUGCCACAGGUAGGCAACAAAACGUCUCCUGCUACGAUGCCUUCACCGAGUGCAACAGAGACUCCUUCUGCCGUGGAAAGAUGGGCAAAUUCGUCACGUCUUGUCAGUGGGACUUGCGCAAGAGCACGUGUGACCGUGCCCUCUGCCUCCCGGCUAUGGACGAAUUCUUCCAGUCUGUUGACAUGAACCAUGGCCAUGCUGCCGCGUUUUGCAUCUGCGAGCGAAACGACAUCAAGUGCGCGUCGAUACAUGAUGUGUUACAACCAAAAUGUGCCGUGGCUGAGACACCGACGCCACCGUGCUUGUCGCUGUAUACGAAGUGUAGGAGCGACGCAGGCUGCAGGCGAAGAUGGGAAUACUACGAUAACUAUUGCAAUUUUGACAAGAAGACUGGAGCGUGUUCGAAUGGUGACCAGUUGUGUCGUGAUGCUAUAGUUGGCCUCAUGGGGACCCUUCUGAUGACCAAUUGUACCUGUGAGGGAGUCCAAGGCGACACACGAGCGCGUUGUAACGUUAUUCACGAGAAGCUGGUGAGGAACCAGUGCAGAGAAAUCGCGACAUCUACAAAGGUUGCUAUCAGCUACGAGACAACACCCACCACAAAAUUACUGAAGGACGACAAGGACAUGGUCAAGUUGGAGGUCAACCUCCCUGUGCAGACGCCCUCAAAAAGACGUUGCGAUGCAAGAGUUUAUAAUGAAAGAACUUUAUUGAGAAUUUAUGUCAACAACACCGACUGUUCAGAAUUAUGCAAAUGCUUGAGGAAUAAUACAUUUUACUGCAGACAAAUGCCUUGUUUACCCAACUUGUUCUGUCGUGAGGGAGGAGUUCAAUAUGCUCACGGUUCUGUGUUCACCCUCAAGGGCCGAGGUACCUGUAAGUGUACGAGGGGUGAAAUUAUCUGUGCAAAAGCGAUAGAAAGCCCACAAGACGACGGUCUUUUCCUACAUGUAGGCUACAGUGAAAACGACCUCAAAAUACUUCGAAACUACUCAGUGAGAGUCACAUUCAAAGACGUAUCAGAAAAACUCACACGGUUGUUAAAUGGUGAAACAGACAACUGGGAAUGUGGGUUGCGAGUGUACGCUCAUAAAGGGGGUAACAUAGACUUCAUGGUGUUAACCCUUGGGCGGCCUCACAGGAUGCGAAAGAGAGAAUGGUCAGUCUACAAUCCUUACGAUCAACAAAAAGAAGCUAAAAAAGAUGAUGCAGCAUAUUCCGCAAAAGCAAUAUGUAUGUAUCCAGCAAAAUUAUUAAGCUAUAUGAUAAAUUCGCGGCAUCCGUCAGUAACAAAGGACCCACAGUUAUCCAUGAUAAAAGUGGCUACAGUUGAUGACAUUCAGCACCAGGCGGCGCAAAAAGCAGGGUCUAAGGCGAAAGCAAGCUCGUCAUCUACAGUUCACUGUUCGUAUAUUUUAGUGAUAGUGACGUUAUUAUGCACCUCAUGGACGACAUACUUGCAACGGCGAAAUACGUGAAAAACAUUCAUUGAGGAGACUUAACUAUCACAGACACAAGGCUAUCAAGUCAGCAAAAUGAGUUCCAGGACACACCAGUAGGCGGCGAUGCGCAAAAGGGCUUUUCACAGAGCUGAACAUUGGGGUAUGCUGCCAACUAGUGCGUUCCCAAAAUAUCUUUCGUGAUUUUUUUAUCAAUUUGGCCCCUAAUCAGCGACCAUGUGCUUAAUUGAAUGGUAUACAUACUGUUGCAUGUCAUAUAUUCGCAUAAGAUGUCUUCAUUUAGAUUUGCCAAUAAGAACGUUGAUGAUGAUAUUAGUGCUUUUCGGCAUGCGCACAAUGGCAAGUUGUGGAUAAUUCCUACUGAGUUGAUUUACAGGCAGAAAAAAGCUCACUGUGUGUCGUGGCAAUUAGAUGGCAAUCUUGUGGUCAUGACAAAUACACUCUAUUUGAGUUUGGAAUAGAGCUCACAUAAGAUGUUUAUGCGCUGGGAAUGCAGUAUUAUAUGAGGAAGGAGGGAAGGAGUUUAACCAACAACAUGAUUCUCGCUAAAAGCAAAUGUUGUCGCUAAAUUUGUCAACAGAGGAAUUUUGCAGAAUUCUGCGCAGCCAUCUUGCAUAUGUCAUUGUGUCAUAUUUGCAUUGUACCAUGUAGUGUAGUUGUCGAUAUUGCAGCUAAAGGCACCUGUCUGUAGGGUUUCUUUAUGGUGCAGCAUAAUUUUCAGUACAAGCUGAAAUAAACCAAAACCUUUGUAGCGCAAAUAAAUGUUCAUUAUGGCUCGUAUUUAUUCGGGGCCAGGCAAUGAAAGGGCUCUCUGCUUCUUCAUUUGUCUUCGCUACACUGUACAAUCAUAGCCUGUGUAAUAAUUUCUACAUCUUGACUUUUACUUUAGCUGCAAUGGUAAUGGUCAAGCACCUGGCCUAAAAUAUCGAUGUUCGCCUUAAUAAAAUGUUUAGAAUUCGUGAGGAAUUCUGUUGGAUUAAAAUAUACUGUGUUACUUAUGAUACUGACAUUUAUAAAGAUACUUGAUGUCUGUUUUAUGUGGGAAAACAUGUGUCUAAUAUUGCAUUUCUUUCUUCUUUUGAAGAAAGCCCUACCUGAGUAUGAACUACAUGAAUGUCAUCUUUGGAUGGUUCUCAGUUAAAUCGGGGAAUUAUUUAAUAGAUUGCUCUUUUAAGAUGAACUUUGUAGACCAUCGUUGAUGACAUUUUUGGGGAUCAAACUAAAAACAACUGUCUUCGUGGGUGUCAUUGCCAGGAGAAUAACAUGAUGUCUGACCAUCAGUUAGUCCUCUGACUUCAUCCAAUUUAGAGUACAUUUUCAAUGUGAGUAACAGUUGACGAAAUGCCAAUUGCAUUUUUAUUUAGUAAACCAGGAACUUGUGUUAAGAGUAAUACUUGUGCUUCUUUAACAUGUGUGGCCAGCUAUUUACCUGAUGCCAGUCGAAAUCUAAAAUUUGAAAUUUGGUGUAUAUAUUUGUUUAAUAUGAAAACUGCAUGUCACUAGUAACUGAUGGGUUGUACUAUAAUCUGUAUAUAACAAAACACAUGCAAUCCGUGUGCUCAUGAGUACAUUUUGUGUACUUCUGUAAUGUUAAGGGGUUGACAAUAGGCACCACAAUUUUGGCUAAAACUUGAAAUCUUAGAGCAAUUAGAACAUUUUCAAAACAAAGUGAAUGCCAAUUUCAAGGGUGGGAGCCUGUUGUUUGUUUUCCAGAGAACACCCUCCAGGGUUUUAAAUUGGCAUUCACUGCAUUUUGGAGGAGUUCUAAUCGCUUUAGGAUUUCAAGUUCUAGCCAAAAUAGCGAUACCUGUGGUGAACCCUUAAAAGAAUAGGAAAAACGGACUUGAGUAAUUGACUUUAAAACUUUAAAGCAUUGCAAGGGCCCAAUGUACUAAUGAUGUUCGUUUAAAGUGUAAAUUCGAAAUCUUAUGGCCGUAAAAUCUUAUUUCUUUAUAGCAUUUGUAUACUAUCGCUAGCAAGGCUGUAAAGUUGCUAGUAUAUUGCUGCAAUUGAUACUGCCGAUUGUGUAAAUUUGUAAUGACAUGUUCGUUUAUAAUCUGUCCGUGUAGAUUGCUAGCACAUGUAAGGUGUUACAACAGUAAACAUGUUGCAGCAGGAAGCUUGAUUGGGUUUACUCGUUCGAUGAUGCAGUAUUUUGAGAAGCAAAAACCUACUUCGAUUGGUGCAAAAUUCUUCUUCCCAUGAACAAUAUUACCUACAUGGACAGCUUACUUAAUUUUCGACAAAAAGUAAUAGGGGUAUUUUAAGAUACAAAUGCACCUGAAAGCACCUUGUUUUAAGGAAUACUAGGUGUAAAGCCCUUUGGGUCACCAAUCAGAAGCAAGAGGACAAUGCAUGCUUUCACUGAUUUAAAAGGUAAAGACAAUCGGUCCAUCCCUUCGGUCAAUAAUAUGUUUCACAGGCAGUGUGUUUAUCCAUUAGAGAGGUUAAUGCUCAAAACACUACUUCUUCAAGAGUGAAUAUAACGUGUGUUUCAUAACAAGCCAACUAAAGAUUGCAAGCUUAUAUUGCUCUAACAGCUACCACUGGUGUACCCUCUGAAAUUUGUACAAACUUGUAAAUACUACUGUGCUACGAUAUAUGCGUUAUUCUUGCUAGGUACCGCCAUUUCGUUUUCUGGCACGUCAUGUAAGAGAUGUAGCUAUGUAUGAUUGGUCAUCACGUCAUGAAUGUUAUUUUUGAAUAUACCUGACAGGAACAUUUUACUUUGUUGUCGUUUUUGCUAAUUAAAAUCUAAUUGGACUCGUUUUUCGAUCUUGUGAAAUCUGCUCUCAAUAUGAUUAGGCGGUAGCCAGGUCCUGUUACAGUCGAGCAAGGUUGUCUAAUCGGUUGUAACAAUGCCCUGUAGCUACAGGCCUUUUAGAGGAACAGCCACAUAUUUGCGUUCUGUUUGAUUUCUAAAUCUCCAAACACGUAUGAAAUACAUAUGGCGGAGAACGAUGAUAAAUAUUGUUUUCAGUCUUGAAUGAUUUUAGUUUUCCAAUUUCAAUCAGUAUACUACGUUUUACUUUUUUAGUCUCAGUUGGUUUUCUCUACAAAGCCUAUCAGCAUAGCAUGUACAUGAACAUUGUAUACAGCAUAUAAACCUAUUCGCAGUUCCAUGACUUACUUCAGAGAAACUUUAUGUAUUUGGUCGAAGCUAUAUGAAAACAGAGGAUAUUAACUUUGUCAACCGACCCUCAAUGUGAAGAACCCACUUUUGUAUCUAAAAAGUUGAUUCCCAGAUGUCGUUGUCAUCUAAACAGAAACUCGAAAUAUACAACACUCUUUUAUCAUGUUAUUUGCCAUCUUGAUCACAUAUGAUUUUUACCUACGUCACAAUUUGUACGGAGAAUUAAGGCUUGUUCUAAUUAUUAAUUAUUUCAAACCAAGCCAAUCUAAAUGAAGAUCCAUAAUUAUUCCAAUGGUAACUCUUGUCAUAAGCGAAAUACUACCCUACCUCCAAAGGCAAUUUUCCCGCCCAGAUGAUAUAUUUGUGUCUCGUUAACUUUUGUAUUCAUUUUUGAUACUGAUGCAGGAUGUCCCAAUCUUAAUAGGCUAUCAUACUGGAUCUCAUUGUGAGUUCAUUUGCCAAUGUGUGAACAUCUCCAAGUACGCACCAAUGCAUAAGUCACGGCCCCAGGCUCAUUGGUGGUUAAUCAUGAAAAAGCCGAGGCUUUGAUUGAGAAUCCAGUUGUCAUUUUAAGGCUCUGGUGUUCUGUUAAAUGUAUGAAAUAAUUUGAGCACCCGAUCUAAAAUGACAAAUUCUUUUGAGCGUCAACAUUACACUGGUCUGCACCAGAUCGAAUGAUCCAAAAUAAGUAGUUCUGGCAUGAACAAUAGCCUGUUAUAGUGCAUACGAAUUGUUUAUUAGUUUUUUUCAUAAUAAACGCCUUCAGUUUAAUUUGUAGGUCUGCCUAUUGCACAUCUCAAGUCUUUGUUUCUGCGUUAACGAUCAGUGUGUAUCAGUUCAAGCGGUAAUGAUAUGUGGUCUGACCAGGAUAUUACUAAUCAAUUAUUUCUAAAAGCAGUUCUUAAAUAGCAAUAUCUACAAAAAUGGGUUAGGUGUUAGGUAAGUUGGGUACAGCAGUCGCCUCGAUCUAAUUAUAGCCUCUGUGUGCGUUAAUUUGUUCCUGGGCUAUGGCUGUACCACUUUUCUGUAGGCCGUAUAGAUCUUCAACUUUAGAUGAAAUUAAUAAUUCCUUAUUUCCCAUCUCUGUUUUUUUUUUCUGUCUCAUAUAUUUAUAAUAUCACUGUGAUUAUUCGACGAGAACACAUAAUGGUUAUGAUUGAUUUUUAUUAUCCUUAUGCAGCUACUUCCGUCUUAAUGGUUUAAUGAAAGAAGAGUGAAAAAAAACUUGCACAUUCGCAUACGGCUGCAAGUCGGGCCAGUUACACAUUGGGAAUAUCCGAUAUCAGGCUGAUAGCCGUCUCUGAGCCAUGACAGGAUAUCUGGAUGAUAUAGCAGAUGUCAACCGAUAUCCGACAUAUGUUCUUGAGCUUUCCCUCUGUAUAUUUUAGUAUCAUUUCGGCAUAAUGGGCAACAUUCCCAUAGUUUUAACCCUUUUUGAUUACAAGGUUCGUUUUUUUCGCCUUAUGGUCGUGCACAGCAUUGAAAUAUUUCUCGUGUUGAACUCAUUCGCUAUUCAGCAGUUGGAGGCGGAAAACUGGAAAUAAGUAUAUUUCAACUGAGUUACUAUCAGGUUUUUUGCAGAUUAAAAAAUGUGUUAUAUCCAAGUAUAUUAAAAAAGGGAAAUAUUAUAUCAUAUACAUGUAAUUUUGGAUCAAAAUUAGUUUCGAUAAGGCACACCAACAACAGAGACACAUUCCGUAAUUUUCCUGUUGUGACUGUAUCCUGUUACAAUGGCUUAGAGAAAUCAAUAGGCCGAUUUCGCUAAGUCUAAUCUAAACUAACAAGUCUACGUAGUAUUUUUAACGAAGUUACUUUUUGAGAUUGCAUGUUUUCAACACAGCGUACCUAAUCAUGAUCAGACCAAAUUAUUGAAAAGGAUGCAACAGCGCAUCUUGUAGAAAUGACAUGGCCUCGUUGGUCUCAUUGAUGUCUGUAACACUUGUCUUUUAAGUUACAGCAACACUGAGUUAUUCAUUGUGUAUUGACGAUUUUGUACUUAUCAGAUUCUUUGUAGAACCAUUCUUUGUGAAAUCUGUGAUUUUUGUGCUGCCAAAUAUAGAACUCAAUGUUCCCGAUGAGAUCAGGUCAACUUCCCGGAAAUGUGUACUUUCCCAAACCUGAAUUUUCAAAGUUUUUAUGGCACAUGGUACGGCUACUUUGUUUUGGGCAAAAAAAUUAUAUGAAUCGGCUGAGCAAUACAUGUUUUGCCAGUAUUUUCUCAAUACCUGGUAGUGCAGUAGUACAGUAGAACCCCGGUCGGUGACCACCCCGCUUUGACGACCAAAUGGUUUCCUCUUUAAUUACCAUUACAAUGCCCCCGGUAACAGCCCUGUACCCAGACCACGACCACUGGAUUUGGCGGUCCCAAUGACCAAAUUCACCCCUCUAACUCGACCAAAGGGCUUAAUUGCCGUGAAAAGACGAAUGCUGCCAUGGUUUCUGUUCAGAAAUUGAUUGCGGCAAAAUUGUCAUGCUACAGAUGAAAAAAAAUUUCAAGUCCAAAUAUUUUUUUCAAACAAGUAUCAGCUGUAAAUUUGAGCCUAGUCAUGUUGAAUUCGAGGUGACGGAGGUAUCAAAGCAACACUCGACGCUCCAAUCUACAUCAGUCUCAACCAGGUAAUCAAGGAGCAAAUAAAACACUUCUUGUACAAUCUACUCGCCAUUUAUAGAGGUUGAUUUGGCCAACUUAGGAUGAAUCAAAUAUGCCUCAAGACUUCCACAGCUGCUGUAAUACUUUCCAAAAGGGGUCGCCACCAUAUUGUUGUUGUCUGGUUGAUUAAUGAAAAUAUUAUAUUUAUGAUCAGUUAUUAUACUCUUUAUCAUAAUUUACACAAAAGGUCACACGCAUAUAGGUUACUUUUUCACUAUUGUCGAUUUUCUUAUUAUAUAACUCGUGCUACAAUCGUUGUGUUUUUUCAAAUUACAUUUUACGGCGAUCUGUCAACAGGAAUUAUAGUUCUAAAUUUCGACGCGAGGUGACUGUACGCUAAACCAGUUUUCAUUAAAAUAAUCAACGCCCGUGUUGCGUUGUUUUCAUUGCACUACAGUAUUGAGAUUUACUUUAUAUAUUUUUUGAUGCUGGUGACAAUAAAGCCAGACAUUUCCAUGCGAGAGUGACAGAAAUAAUAAAGUACUUUAAAAAAUGUAGCAUGCUGCGUACUGCCUUUUCGUCUCAAACGUAUUGAAACAACUUUUGUGACCUUAUUUCAAAGUAUGUUGUGUACUACCGGAAUGGAAAAAUAUCAUUGUUAGUGAAACUGUCUGUACAUUGUACAUCCUAUAACUACUCUGGGUGAAGAUAUCGGUUUACUUUUGCAAAACAUGAUAGAACGAAUGGGACCUAUAAUUCUUGUGGCUUCAGAGUAAACCCAUGGUAUUUUCCCUUUUACGUUUGUAUCAUCUUUUCCACUGAAUGGGAAGCACGUCUUUAUUAAAGUAAGCAUAUACCUUUAUUCAACGUAGUACCUGAAGAACAGCUGGCUUAUAUGUAAGGCAGAAUCGUAACUUGUACACUUAUCUUUAUCUCGUGACUUGUGAACACUUUUGUACAUUAUGAAUACGGCGAUGUAUCAACUCAAUAUGUAGUCGGGAUUUGACUUGAUUUUAAUUGCCAAAUUGCAUUUGGCUUCGAAUGUUAGCAUUUAGUUCCGCAUGCGUGUUGAACCGCACUGACUUGAUGGCCAUAAUGGGCCGGAGAGAAGGGGAAGGGAGGAAACUCUAAAUUGUAUUCAUUCUGCAAUGACCGUCGUUAGAACCGUAGUAAAUCUACAUCAUGUAAAUCUUAACUUUGUGAUGGUUCCAUGCGUCAAAAUUGACUACAACCCUUGUUCUGCUGACAAAAGGAGGCUGGUUGGGUCAGAUCUUGAAAGCUAUUGGUUUCAACAGUGCACCGAAGGUCUUUGGGAAAUGCAUGAGGUUUUAAAGGAAAUUACUGGCCGUUUUUGGGAAAACUUAGUCGAAAGAGAAGUUUUGAAAGGGGAAUCGCCAGAAGCAUGUCAUACUCUAACGUUCAAACAUGCCAGUUCUUUUCAGCUCUGAUAUUGAAGUAUAUACACCGAGUAUUAAGAUCAGGCCUUUGACAUUUUGUUGGUCACUUGCCUUUCAGCCGCAAUGAUAUCGUACUGAGGAGGCUCGUUUUCUAGUUUCUGUCAACAAGACAUGCGUACUCACCAAUCACAACACUACCGACGUUGUCGUGAAAAAGCUUUACGCUGUAUAUAUAUAAUCACCAAUAUCCCAAAUUUCUGUUUUGCGCUUUCAGCACAUUGCCGGUAUGUCAAGCAUUUCCUCAUUAGUAUAUAUUUCCAAUAGUGAAGAACUUCUUUUGGUAAGUCGUCUCUUAAUUGAAUGGCUAACUCUGUCAACAGACUAUGACAAUAUGCACUUCCUGUUACGGGAACGAUUUUUUCCAGGGUUACUUUUUCAGAAAUGAGCGUUAUAAUCUACGAGGUGCUAGCAUUAUCCUUUUUUAAGUUACUCUGUGAAUCAUGCCACGAGCUUUACACUGAUAUCCUCAACUUUAUAAAGAAGUCAUUGAUUGUUUAAUGUUAUGUAUAAUUAUCAACAUCCACCAAAAAAAUGAUGCGACAAAAUUUAAUCCGAGCUGUUGCUGUGGCCGGACGUAAGUGUAAAUGUACUACGGUAAUAGUUCCAUCUUGGUAUAUCUAAAACCGCCAUUUUAGUAGCUUAAACCCGUUUGUUUUUAAAAAAUACCAUUUAGCUGAUUCUCCAUCAUAUUACUGCAUUACAUUUUCUAAAGACUCAAAUGUGAGGUGCGGGUGAAGAAGAUCGACCAUUUCUAGUGUGUUGGUCUUAGAAGAACCAAACAACAUGACGUCACGUAUAUUUUACAAUAAUUAACACCACAUGUACGAAUGUAAUCGGGUAAUGGCUGUUGAUCUCCAAAUAUGAACUAUCGACAUUUUUAUCAGUCCAUGGAGUCAGGUCAAUCUUCUUACACAUGGGUUUAGUUUGCCUCCUCUUAGCAGUGUAGUAGAUUACAAUGAUGUGCUUGUCUAAAGUGAGUAUAAAUAUUAAGUUUUUAAAUUAUCAAGUCUCUUUUUUUGGAAUGUUAUACAAUGAUCAUGAACAGAGAAAUUAUUUCCAAGUGAUCAAAAGUGUCGCAGAGGUUUUACAAAUUGUGCUAUAUCAGUCUCAAACGAUUGACCUCUUUAGUGAAGUUUAAACGACUUUGUCGUUCUUUCACACCUUUUUGACUUCAGAGAUGCAUGUAAAAUACUAAAUUAUGUGAGUAAAAAAGGCAACGUUUCGAAGACACCAUGAGAUUAAUCAAUUUGAAAUUUAUUUUUGGCAAAGAUAUCAUUGAAAUGAACUAACUUCGGUAUUUUGAUAUGUGGUAUCAGUCCGAUGUAGUGUUCAAUCGAUUUAUAUCCAAAUGAUAUUUGCGGAUUUUCCCUGUACAGACUUGUGUCUUCCCAUGUCCUAAACCGAAGCGCAUGUAUACAGGUCAAUAUAUAAAUAUAUAAACACAUCUCGCUUAGCUGUAAUCGGGGAUAUUCUCCUAGCUUUAGGAAAUUAGGACAAGCAGGUACUACUUGUUACUGCAUGCAUACAAACUUUCCUAAGUUUGCACUUGCAUCAGAGCGACUGGCAACCAUUAUUUCGCUGUGUGCGACGAAUAUUCAUGUAAAAAGUAAAUUUUAAGAAAUGUAAAUUUGCCAAUGUGUACUAAAUGGAGGGAAAUAUGCUAAAUUGAUUUUAUAUUCCCAUAUUGCAUUAUUUUCGUUACUUCCCUUUCCUUUUAGUUUAAACAGGAUAAGGGGGCAUACUCAUUCUCAAUGGUAGGUGCACAUUAUGAUGUUUGGUUCUCUUGCAUCGUAUCUCAACUAGGUAUCUUACCCCUUAAAUAUUGUGUUGUUAUUUUUGUGUUUAUUUACACAAACCGUGACUCAUUCAACGCAAUGAUGACUAGCUUGAUAAUGUGAACUUUGUAAUUUUGAUUGAUGAAUGCUUGAACAGUAAACGAAACUAGAUAGAUGCUCUGCUUAUUCUGAGUUAUCUUCUGUUUAUGAGGUUUGAGCAAUAAAGUAUUUUGUACAUAAGAA